AUGUCGUCGUCGGCGGCGGCGCUGGUGCCACCGCCGAGCAGCACACCGCAGCCUCUGCACGCGCCCCGUCCUAAGAUUGGGGAAAGCAGCGUCGAACUCCGGGUGGCGUCAGAACGCGCGAUGUUGCGAGACAAUCGCACGAUGAUUGCCGACGCUCGUGGCGGCGGCGGCCACGCGAAGCUGUACCGCUGCUCCGGGGCUAUCAUCGAGAAGGGCUCGAAGACCACAGGAGGAUGCCAGGCUCAUGUCAAAGCCAACAAGCGCGCGGACAAGCACUUCUACCAGCGUUUGCUACGACCACCAAAACUGCGCGGGAGGAACGAAGAAACCGAGCGUCAGGGCCAUGGCUGCGGAAGGCGCGGUGGUCGUCCGCGUCAUUCCCAAGGUCUCUGCUCCUGCGCUCGCGAAGACGCUGAAGGGCGCCCAAGGGGUGUGGACAUGGCGACGUGGGCAGCGGGCCGUGUCAAGCGCGGCGUGACCAACGGUCAGGAGGACACGAAGAAGGAGGGAAUCCAGCGACUCGCCAGCUUCUUGGACCUGAUUGCGACCGACAGCCCAGGGACGAUCACAGACUGCAAGGUGGGUGUUGGUGUGUAGAUGGCGCUGCUUCGGUGUAGACCCUUGUGCACCGUGCUCUUUUUGUUUUGUGGCG